UGUGUAGGCCGAGUUCGUAAUAGUCCGACUUGGUCAUGGGCCGAGUUUGUUAUGGGACGACUUCUCCCGAUUGUGACGUCAUAGCUAACGUAUAGGUACGAGUUGACCUGGGUACGAGUGGGUCAGGGUACGAGUUGACUAGAAAUCUCUUGAUUAAAACGCCAUCUAGUGAGAGCAUCACAAUAUUGGCGUGGGAAUAACGUUUUUUGCAGUGAAAAUGGAUUCCAGACCAAACCAAACGAUCUACAUAAACAAUUUGAAUGAAAAAGUUAAAAAAGAUGAACUGAAGAAGUCUCUUUAUGCCAUAUUUUCUCAGUUUGGCCAAAUCCUGGACAUUGUGGCUAUGAAAACAUUGAAGAUGAGAGGACAAGCUUUUGUAAUAUUUAAGGACAUUAACAGUGCCAACAGUGCACUGCGGUCAAUGCAAGGGUUUCCAUUUUAUGAAAAACCAAUGAGAAUACAGUAUUCAAAGAAAGAUUCAGAUAUGAUUGCAAAAAUGAAGGGGACGUUUGUAGAGAGACCCAAGAGGCCAAAGGAACACGAACCAGAAAGUAAAAAGAAAAAGAAAGCCCACAAGCAGGCUGUUGCAGCUGCUACAAAUGCUGGACUACCCCCACCGACCCAGCCUUCUUUGGCGACAGCUCCUCCCCAGCAGCCUGCUGCUCCAACUGCGAUCCCAGAACAACCACCCAAUCAGAUCCUCUUCCUCACUAACUUACCAGAGGAAACUAACGAAAUGAUGUUAUCUAUGUUAUUUAACCAGUUUCCAGGAUUCAAGGAAGUACGUCUUGUACCUGGUCGCCAUGAUAUUGCAUUUGUUGAAUUUGAGAAUGAAGUCCAGUCAGGUGCAGCCAAAGAUGCACUACAAGGAUUCAAAAUCACUCCCAGCAAUGCCAUGAAGAUAUCUUAUGCAAAGAAGUAGAACUUUUGUUCAAAGUGGAAAAGAACAAAUCUCUCACUCAUGAUUACAUUUCAUCAAGAAUCAUUUCAUAGUGUUAUUCAUUUUAACAGCAUUUGUUGCUGACAUUGCACCCUGUCAGAUUUAUGCACCUGAUGAGUCUCAUAUAUUCUCAGAUUUGCAAAAUCAUAGAACUGUGUAAGCAUAUCAUUACUCAGUAAUUUUUAGAAGAAAUCCGGUCAUCAACAGUAGUAUUUGAUGCCAUUGACCAGGAAUGGGACUGGGUGAUCAACACUGCACAUUGGUUUAUUUAUUCUUGACAUUGCACACAAGUCAGGAAUGAAUGAAUGAAUAAAAUCAACUUUGCACUGAGGUUGGUUCAAAAUUGAUCAAUUCAGAGGCUAAAAUUUUAAAAUAAAAUCUACACAUGAAUAUCA